AUAUUUCAUCAUAUUUUUAUUAUGACGUCUGAUCUCGUGUGAGAUAUUUUGGUAAAUUUGGUUAAUAAAGACAAAACGCAGAAAAUACCAAUCUGUUACUGAUUUUAGUAUGAUCACGAAGCAAUGAUUCAUAAGUCUGUAAAUUUUGACUUUUCUAAAACGUCAUCUGUAUUAAUAAAAACAUCUUGACAUGUUGAUAAAAAUUAAAAUGACUUGAAAAUGAAGAACGGAUGCAAUGAAAACUUGGAUAUAAAAAUUAUCGAGCGCAACGAGCAUGCGAAGAAAGUUUAUCGAUAUGUGAGCGAUAUCGCUAGACGUCUCGGGGAGGCAACAAGUGGGAGCAAAGUAGUCGCUGAUUUAUUUACCAUUCAUAUAGAAGUUCAACGACAAAAAUUGAGAGACAACUGUGAAAAACUCUUUUUCCUGGAUCCUUUAAACUACGGCAAAAAGUCCCUUGAAUUGCUUUGGCGUAAAGUGUAUUAUGAUACAAUAUCUACUGCUAAGAAGCUGCGCGAAUCUGAUAAAGAAUAUGAUAACUAUUUACAAACACAUAUUGUCUGUGGCAUAGGUCACUUUCAUCACUUUAUUUCCAGAGUCCAGUCAGAAAUGAAAAUUCAUAUAAAAGAACUGGAUUAUGUCCCCCUAUAUCAUGAUGAAGAAAAUCAAGAUGAUAUUAAUUAUAAGCCACCAGAAGAUGAGUACCAACUUUGCAGAUCCGUUUUGUACUCUUGCUUAAUAUAUCUUGGUGACUUAAGUAGAUAUCAGGUGGAAAUUUUCAAUACUGCUGAAUCUUCUAUUGCCACACGUUAUUACCUUCAGGCUGGUCAAAUAGACUUAACAUCAGGCAUGCCUUUUAAUCAAAUAGGUAAUUUAUAUUUAGAGAAAAACUACAAUUUAGAUUCAGUCAGUUCCUAUAUACACUGUCUCAGUUGCUUAGCACCAUUUGAGGGUGCAAUGGGAAACCUGUCUAAAAUUUUUGAGAAAAACAAUCAAUUUUGCAGUAUGCUUAAUGAGUCUGAAUCAUGCACCCAAUCAGAACACAUUCAAAUGACAGUAGCAAAUUUUUUAUGUUUAAUUGAAAAGUGGUAUUUGAGCAAAGAUGAUACCAAUAUUCCCAAAAUGUGCAGUACAGUUAUACAACAACUCAAAAUUUCAAUGGACUUUGAUAAAGUUGUACUACCUGAUAUAAAUAAAAAUUAUAAUGAAUUUGUACAAGCUUUAGAAGAGGAAAAUAACAAUCCAGCAUAUUUGAACCCAACUAUGAUUCACAACAUUGUCAAAAUCUGUCUUUUUACUAUUGCAAAACUGAAAGAAAAUAAUGAAGCAAAAGCUUUUGCAUGUAAAGCAUUCACUUUAGCUUUUUUGUCUCAAAUAUUGCAAAAAUUGCAUGCACAAUUGGAAGACCUCGGGCUUUAUAAUCCUGCAAAUAAAUAUUCAUCCAAAUAUAAAACUUCUAUAAAUGUGUCAUCCAAUGAAUUGAAUGGAACAGAUGAACCACAAAAUGAGGAAAUUUAUGAUGCCAAUACUGUUUUACCAAAUGGUGAUAAUGAGAAUGACAAUGAGGAAGAAAUAAAAGAUAUUGGUUCAGAUGGAGACUCUAAAGUUGUUUUGAAUGGUGAUAUAAAAAACAAAAAAACAUUGGCAAGGAGACGACGUAGGCGUAGAACUGCAUCUUCAGGAAGUUCUGAUAUAAGUGAUAACACAGAAAAUAGUGAAGAUGAAAGCGAUGAAACAGAUUCUUGUGAUAAUGAUGAUCUGUCCGAAUCAAGUUUUCAGUCUGAAGAUGAACAAAGUGAUGAUAUAUCACUCCAUAAUGACACUGAUGAGGAAGAAGAAGUAAUCAAUGGAACUUGUGAUGAAAAAUCUGAUUCACAAAAUAAAGAUGAAAAUAAUGUGGACGAAGAGUUUGUUGAAAUAGAUAAAUCCACAACUGAAGGGAAACCUAUCAAAAAAGAUUUAGACAUAGAAGGCAUUAAAAACUUCUUACUUGGUGAUAACUUUUUGCCUAGUCUUAAAAUAUUACAAGAUUGGGUUCUCACUGAGAAGGAACUAAUAUUGUCUUGUGGUGAGAGUGGUGAAUCAUUAUUUCAAUGUGUUGUUAAUUUGUUGAAUAUAUUCCAACAUUAUUUUAAUCAGAAGAAUAAUGAUGGUCUCAUUAAUAACAACUGCAAUAUUUUGAUGCAAGCAAAGAAUGUUGCGAAAAAAUUCAAACUUGAAUAUAAAUCUAUCCCAUUGCCUGAAGAUAUAAACUUGCGUGGGACAAAUAUCGGAAAAUUCGAUAAAGAUGCCGCUGAAUGGCAAGUCAUGGAGAAAAUGAAAUUAACUGUAUAUGAAGAAAACAUUAUCAGAAUAUUGAAUUUUAUCGACUUUGGGAAUCAAAUAGCUAAAAUAGUUCCAAGAAUACGAUUUAAUAGAACAAUGAAGAUUUUCUAUUUGAAAAAAGUAUUCCCAACCAAAGUAAGCACAAAGUUACACCACAAAAGAAGUAGGGAAUGGCAUAAUUCAAAGAAUCAAAUUGACAAGAAAGAAAGUGGUCUUUUGCGCCGUUUGGGCCAUCUUUGGUUAGCGUCUAGAGUACGCGAAUUGGAAUGUACUGGACAAACAGAAAUUCCUUCACUGCUUGCCGUUGACACUGCUGCAUUAUAUAAACACCUUCGUAGAGUAAAACAGCUAGUCAAGGCACGAAAUUUCAUAUUUCUUGUGCCAAAUGUUGUUUUGCAAGAACUGGAUGAGCUGAAACGGGAAUGCUCCGCGGCUCGCGACGCUAUACGCUGGCUCGAAAUUCAACUAAAAAGCGGAUCUAGAUAUCUAAGGACCCAACGUCCUGGGCAAACGAAACCAUUACCUUUGCUCAAAUAUCCUCGGAAAGCUCCACCACAUGUCCAUAACUUCAUGCAGAUAUUGGAAUUUUGCAACCAUUUCACGUCGGAUGAGAAACAAUUGCAAGGUGGAAAUGGGGAUCCAGAUAACACGGUCCAAGGGAAGUCCGCGCCACUCCUUGUUCUUUUAAUUGGAACAGAACAAGGGAAAAAUGAAGAUACAUAUAAAGAGAUCAGUUUGAUGGGCACAGCACAAGCAGCGGGCAUCUCUGUUGAAUUCAUUGGCGACUUUUACGCUAAGUGGCGCCAAACUGGCCACAAAAAUGGUAAAAAGAGGUGAACAUUGCGAUGACAUCUUUGGACCUCGACUUCAAUAGGGGGAGUAAUACAUCCCUCUCACCAAGUGAAAUAAAUCACACAGAUGGUAUGAAUAUGCCUGCGCAAAAAGAGUGUUAAAUAAUGUUAACAUGAAAUUUGGCUGAUGAGUCGGUUUUUAUUCAUUUUGAUUCGAAAUUGUUAAUUUUAAUUCAUUUCCAUAUUUUUUUAAGUAAUCAAAUCUUUUGGACAUCUUUUUAUGUUUCUUCAUCUUUUUCAUUGUCAUAACUGGGGUAUAGUCAUAGUCGAAUUGGUGUAUCUUGUUACUUUUCAUUAUUUUCGCAAGUUUAUCAUCAUUCAUUAAAUAAACCACAUUUUUGUUUA